ACGCUGACGCUGCUCAGUCGCAAUCGAACAUGUUGAACGAAGUGGAGCUAGACAACAGCUCGGCUGCCACAGCCGUGCUCGAGCUUGAGCCCGAGGAGCCAGAGAAGCCACUGAAGCCGCAGCUGCGCUUCUACAGCGUGGGUCCCAGCAGCUAUCGGGUCAAGUGUCCACUGUGCCUGCAACAGGCGAGCACUGAGACUGUACAAAUGAGUGGCGUCUUUGGACAGCUCACCUGCCUCAUGUCCGUGCUGUCCUGCUGCUUCCCCAUCUUUGCGCUGAGCUGCGUCUACUCCUGUCUGCAGAGCCGUCUGAAGAGCAAGCGCAUCUUCUGCAGCAGCUGUGGCGGACAUCUGGGCUUCCACUGGCGUCCCAUCUAGUAGUUUGUAGUUCCAUGUUCCACAAUUCUUUAUUUUGGCAAUUCGAUUCGCAAAUGACGCUAUAAAUAAAUUCGCAAUGCGCAGCUGUUGCCAGUUUUCAUAA